AUGGAAGACACUUUCAGAGUCCGAGUAGGCAAAGUCUUCGGCUCCCUGGCUGGUACACCAUCGAGCGGUCCAUCUUCGUCUCUGAGCUCGCUAUGGUCCCUAACAGACGAGGAAAUCGAGAAGAGGGAAUGGAACAGAGACAAGGACAGCCCCGAACCCGAACUCGAACCCCAACCCUACAACUUAAACUCAAAGGGUGAUUUCAGUAACGAGCUGGAGAAGGACCUUCUAGACCUGGACGAGGAUGUGGAAGAGGAAGAGGAAGACGAGGAGCAACAGCCCAGUGAGUCGGCUAAUAAGCAUAAGCCAGACGACUAUAACGACGAGGAGUGGGAAAUUAAAUCCUCUAUCGGCUUGGACUGUACUCUCGACUACGAGGAAGAGGAAGAUGGAUAUGACAAAGUUGCUGUUGGCAAGGAAAAUGCUGGAGAUCGCUUGUAUAUGAAAGAUGUAAACGACUAUGGGAUAGACAUAGAUUCUCAAGAGGAGGUUCCUACUUCCUUUAAGGAUUUUACUCGAGACCCACGUGCUAAUCACCUGGCGGCUAAGAUUAGGCUCCAACAAGAUGCAGAGGCAGCUGCUCAAAUUAGGCUCCAAGAGGAUGCCGACGCAGCUCAAAAAAUUGACUCCCUGAGGGUUUCCGGGAACAAUACACCAUAUGCUAUAGCUGCUGAGAUCAUCACAUCUGAAGAUGCUACCAACCUAAAAUCGAUUCUGAAGAGGAAGACGGAUAAUCAGUUAGACCCAUCUAAAUCACAAAAACGCGUCCGGUUUGAUCCCGACUGCAAAAGUAAUUGUCAUGAUGAAGGUGAGGGAGCCAAAGAUAUUCUUGUGCAAACUCAUUCAAAUGAAGAUCAUCCAUCUGGAGUUCCAGAUUAUCUACGGAAUCCUUCAAGAUAUACACAUUAUACGUUUGAUUCGUCAAGUGAUGGGGAUGAGGAAUCAAACAAGCAAGCCUAUAUGGACUUCCUUAAUCUGUUGAGGAAGUCAAAUUCUAUGGAACCACAGGCAGAGGAUGCUUUUGUUGAUCUGUCAAAACCAGUCACAUUUAUACCAAGAAAAAAAUCAACUGAUGCUAUAAUGCAGGAAAAUGAUGGGGAGUUAGGGAGACUAGGUAGUGCUCGUCAGGAAUUUGCGCCUUGCAGAAGCACGCCACUAGCCAUUGCAACUGAGGACAACGAAGAUGUUUGUGCAAUGGAGGAAGAUGAACCAGAGACAGCAACUGAUGGUAAAACCAGUUUACAGAGAACUGGACGUCAAUACCGUACAAAAACCAGGUCGGAGUUAGUUGAGUGA